AUGAGUUCUGAAAGCAAUUUCUCAUUGAAGUUUCGCCGACCGUCGAGCAAGCUACACAAGGAUCCUCCUAGUUUUAGUUCGCGCAUUCUCCGGAGUCAUCAGAGUGCCACCUCCCUCAAGCGCCAUCCUUCGGCUCCUGUCUACCCGCGCGCCUCACCAAGCGGUACUCGGGAGCAUACGCGUUCUCGUUCAAAUGCCGCCUUCGGUUCCUCAUCCUCAUCACUGGAACAGCAUAGUCAACACAGUCAGCAGAGCCAGCAGAGCGGCGGCCAUUCCCCCAGCGUGGACGAGGGGACCUCGUCCUACUUCCCGAGCUUUGGGGGCUCGCGCAUUCGAACGCGAAGCUCCAAUCGCUUCUCCUACAAUGAUCGGGAUCGGAGCUCGGAUGACAUGAACACGGCUUCCUUCGAGACCCGGGGAAUGCUCAGUGCACUCGAUGAAAACUUCGCAGAACCCGACCAUCAACCCCAGCCCUACAAGUCAGAUGGACAACCGCCCCCCUUACACCAUCACCACACGAGUCCCGAUGAUCCUCGCGGUCGCCAGACGCUUCGACAGUCUGCGAGUUUCACAGCUCUUCCGAACCGUAUGAUGGACUCCUUUGCGCACCGGGAGACUGAGCGCUCGCACCACGACAAGCGGUUUUCCGACGAGGCUCAGAAUGGGACCCCGAAUCCGGCUCCGAUCAGGCCAGCUAGGAGCAAGAAAGCCAGUUUUUCGAGUUUUGUCAGCAGUAUGCUGGGAUCCCCCCGCAACAUCAAGAUCUCUGCCCCUGAGAACCCGGUCCACGUCACCCACGUGGGGUACGACAAUCAGACCGGCCAGUUCACGGGCCUGCCGAAGGAAUGGCAGCGAUUGCUCCAAGAAAGCGGUAUUUCAAAGAAAGAGCAGGAGGAACACCCCCAGACCAUGGUGGAUAUCAUGCGUUUCUACGAGAAGAAUACGCGGGGAGAUGACGAUGAGGUAUGGCACAAGUUCGACAACGCGUCGUACAAGGCACCAGCAGCAACCGCGACAUCGGCCCCGGCCACGGCGGGAACCACCCCUCCCGGUAGCCCUCGAUUCCCGCAGAACCACGAAAGCCGGUUUGAAAACCCACGAUCUCCGCCACCCAUCCCUCGCAGUCCUCCCGCAGUGACGACGGCGGCUGCCAUGUCCCCUCCUUUGGGAAGCCUGGUUCCUCACCGAGCGCCUCCGAAGCCUCCCACGGCAAUGACUCCGGCCCGUCCUGCUCCGCAACCACCUGCUCCCCCGGCCUAUGUUGCUGGUCCCCAGCGUCAGACCCCAGCUCCUCUCGGCCCAUCAGCCGGCAUUGCUCUCAUGUCCGAGUCCGCCCCGGUGUCUUCCAUAGCUCCCAAUCCCAGUCGAUCCGACUCUCGCAAUGGUGUCUCGCCUUCGAAGCAGAGUGCCAUCGUCUCGCCGACAGCGUAUCAGCAGCAACAGGAACAGGUCAUGGCGGCUGCACAGCAAGCCAUUGCCUCCAAGCAACUGGAUCGAAGCGCCAGCCAGCGCACACAGCAAUCGUCUUAUCAAAAAGCAGCCCAACCACCCGUUCUGGCGACCAACAUGGGACCUUCGUCGACGGACCCGUCGCCGAUUGCGGCAUCUCCAGCCACGAAGCCCCCGCCCGCUGCGCGGCCUCGGCAGCGCCAGCAACGCCAAAGCACCGUCAUGGAUGUGCGUCAGCGACUACUGCAAAUCUGUCAUCCCGGAGAUCCCACCAGGCUGUAUCACAACCUCAACAAGAUUGGGCAGGGUGCCUCGGGCGGUGUCUACACUGCUUAUGAAAUAGGCACCAACAACUGCGUGGCGAUCAAACAGAUGAACCUCGAUCUUCAACCGAAGAAAGAUCUCAUCAUCAACGAAAUCUUGGUCAUGAAGGACAGCAAACACAAGAACAUAGUGAACUUCCUGGAGAGCUUCCUCCAUGGGCUGGACCUUUGGGUUGUCAUGGAGUAUAUGGAAGGUGGUAGUCUUACGGACGUGGUCACCUUCAAUAUUAUGAGCGAGGGGCAGAUUGCAGCGGUGUGUCGCGAGACCUUGAGCGGUCUUCAGCACCUGCAUUCCAAAGGUGUCAUUCACCGUGAUAUCAAAUCCGAUAACAUUCUCCUCUCGCUAGAGGGCAACAUCAAACUCACCGAUUUCGGUUUCUGCGCUCAAAUCAACGAUUCCCACAACAAGCGCAACACCAUGGUCGGUACACCGUAUUGGAUGGCACCUGAGGUCGUCACUCGUAAAGAAUACGGUCGCAAGGUUGAUAUUUGGAGUCUCGGUAUCAUGGCCAUUGAGAUGAUCGAGGGUGAACCGCCUUAUCUCACAGAGUCGCCCCUUCGUGCACUUUAUCUGAUUGCGACCAAUGGAACCCCGAAGAUCAAAGACGAGCACCAGCUGUCUCAUGUCUUCCGCGACUUCCUGUACUUGGCCUUGAAGGUUGAUCCGGAGAAGCGUGCAUCAGCUCAUGACCUUUUGAAGCACCCCUUCAUGAGCCUGUGCUCCCCUCUCUCUCAUCUGGCGCCCUUGGUCAAAGCCGCUCGCAUCAGCCGGGCCCAAGAAAAAGCGCAGAAAGGCCACGCCUAG